AGGUCGGGGCGGCGGCGCGCUGGCGCUCCGGCCUUCCUCGUCGGUGUGCUAUGGCCCGCGCGGUCUCGCUCCCGGGCGUGCUGGGGUUGCUGCUUGUGUCCGCACUGCCCGGGGUCCUCGGAGAUCGCCCCGGCCCCGACGUCCAGGCACACCCAGGGGCUCCCGCGCGCGGCGGCUCGGGGGCCGCGGAACCCCGGCGGCGGCCGUCGCCCAAGGACCAGCGCGAGCGGGCCCGGGCCGAGGCGCUGCCCUUGGGGCUGUUGUACACCGCGGCCGUCGUGGCUUUUGUGUUGUACAAGUGUUUGCAGAGGAAAGACGAGGCUGCAGUUCUGCAGGAAGAGGCCAGCAAGAAGGAAGCAUUGCAGUCAGAGCAGCAGCUGGCCCAGCUGACACAGCAGCUGGCCCAGACGGAGCAGCACCUGAAUCACCUGAUGGCCCAGCUGGACCCCCUUUUUGAGCGUGUGACUGCUCUGGCGGGAGCCCAGCAGGAGCUUCUCAGCACGAAGCUACAGACCUUCCACCAGCUGCUACAGGAGAACAAGCCAGACAAGAACAAGCCAGACAAGGGGCUUCUAGAACCAGGCAGAACCAGGUUGGGAGAGGCCAGCACACUCUUUCCUGAGGACUUAUAUGUGGAAGACGACCAGGAAGAGGCUGACAGUCAGACCUGGGGCCACCCCACAGAGACAUGGGACCGAGCUACUUCCCAGGAAGUGGCGCAUGGGCUAAGAAGACGCAGCAAGGCUGCGGCCAACGGCCCAGGUCGCGGCCCCAGCCGGGAAGGAGCGCCAGGGGUCUGCUAAAACAAAGUCUGUGCUUGUGA